UACAUCGGAGCUCAGCUUGAGGACUCUGUGUGGCCCCUGACCAUGGCCCUGUGGACUUUCAUAUUAGGGGCCCUCCUGCUGCUGCUGGGCCUGGCUACUGCCUGUUUCCUGCUCUACUGCGCCUAUGUCCAGUAUAUCCACAUGAAGUACGACCACAUCCCGGGACCCCCCAGAGACAGUUUUUUACUUGGUAAUUUCACCACUUUGAUGAGGUCGAUGAAGGAUGAUAAUCUGGUACAUGAACUAUUCCUGCAAUGGGCCCAAACUUAUGGACCCGUGGUCCGGAUUUACGCCUUGCACAAUGUGAUGAUUCUCCUCACCAGUCCCAGUGGAGUAAAGGAAAUUCUGAUGUCUCCAAAAUACACAAAGGAUGACGUCUACAGGCGUGCGUUCAGUCUCUUCGGUGUAAGGUUUUUGGGGAAUGGAUUGUUGACCAACCGCAAUUAUGACCAUUGGCACAAACAGCGGAGAGUCAUGGAUCCGGCAUUUAACAGAAUAUACUUGACGGGGUUAAUGGGGCCCUUUAAUGAAAAGGCCGAGGACCUGAUGGAGAGACUGGCAGAAAAGGCGGACGGCAAGAGUGAGAUCUCCAUCCAUAACAUGAUGAGCAAAGUGACGCUGGAUGUCAUCGCAAAGGUGGCGUUUGGACUGGAGCUGAGGUCCCUGCAGGACGAUCAGACUCCCUUCCCCCGAGCAAUCUCAUUGGUCAUGCAGGGCGUGGCGGAAACCCGAAAUCCCCUGGCGAAGUUCACCCCAGGAAAGCAAGCUUUUAUCAGAGACGUCAAGGACAGCCUGAGACUGCUGCGCCAGACAGGGAAGGAAUGUAUAGAGAGGAGGCAGAAGGCGAUGCAAGAUGAAGAAGAUGUCCCGCUUGACAUCUUAUCACAGAUACUUAAAGGAGCAGCCUUGGAAGAUACGUGUGACCUGGAAAGUUUGCUGGAUAACUUUGUGACAUUCUUCAUAGCAGGUCAAGAGACCACAGCAAACCAGUUGUCUUUUGCAGUUAUGGAGCUUGCAAGGAAUCCGAAUAUACUGGAAAGAGCCCAGGCUGAAAUUGAUGAGCAAAUUGGUUCAAAAAGAGAUAUUGAAUAUGAAGAUCUGAACAAGCUGCAGUAUCUUUCCCAAAUUCUCAAGGAGACUUUACGAUUAUAUCCCACGGCCCCGGGAACAUCUCGCCUUUUAGAUAAAGCCGUAGUCAUCGAAGGGCUCAGCAUCCCACCCAAUGUCGCCUUAGUGUUUAACUCAUACGUCUAUGGAAGAACGGAGCAGUAUUAUAAGGAUCCUCUGACCUUUGACCCUGAUCGAUUUAGUCCUGAAUCCCAGAAGCCGCACUUUACGUAUUUUCCAUUUUCCUUGGGGCCUCGAUCGUGUAUAGGACAAGUGUUUUCACAGAUGGAGGCAAAAAUAGUGAUGGCAAAACUUUUGCAAAGAUUUGAGUUCCAGCUGACAGACGGGCAAAGCUUUCAGAUCAUAGACACCGGGACUCUGCGACCGAAAGAUGGAGUCAUGUGCCGACUGAAGCCUCGGACUAAAUAAAUAAUGUGAGAAUGUCAUGGCGUCACUACGUGGGGUAUUCACAGGACUUAUGUUCCAUAAGCAUACUACAGCUUCCCAGGAACUUAAAAGGGUACUCCAGGGAACUAAACCCAUAGCCCAUCCUUUCCCUCCCAUCAACCUAUUUAGUUAUCUAAAUAUCAUUCAUUAGCUAUAUAGAGCAGUUCCCCCUAUUUGAUUGUCACUUACAUGCAGGAAGUGAGGGAAUGACAUCAUCCAGCCUUCCACUUUGUCUUUGUUCAUAUCCCACUCUGAAAGCAGCCCCACCCUCCUGAGAGACACAGACCAUGUGGAUUCUGCCCUGCACUGAUGAGUCCUUUAGUGCUGAGAACUGGGAGGUGUGUGCAGCUUUAGCCAAUCAGACACUGAACCUCUCUCUGCUGCUCAGAGCAAGAGGGUGGGGGCUGCUCUCAGAGAGGGAGCUAGCUGGCAGAGCUGCAAUGAUUGCUGGGAGAUGUAGGCAAGGGGAGGGAAGAAUAGCAAAGAAUAUCAUGCAGCCAGAGCAGGCAACAGGGGCCAGUGAUGAAUUAGUUACAAUUUUCAGAGAAGUCCCCUUUUAAUCCUGGUUGUAUCCAGUAAUCAGAACAGUCAUGUAAUGUUACUGGAUAACGGUCAUGUCACGUUAUUUCCAUACCACCCCCCCUACAGAGUAGAUACCCAUAUAAGGGUGCAUUCACACCAAGUUUUUGCAAUACAGUUCCCGUAUAUGUUUUCAAUGUUUUUGUCAAUGUUUUUGAUGAAAAACGGAUUCCUUAAAACCUGACUAAACUGUAUCAUAACGUGUGUAUAAAUUUAAAGUUAAAAACCGUAUACGGUUUGAAAAAUGAUGUCCGGUUGCAUCCGUUUUAUAAGAAGAAAACGUAUACAUUUUUAACUUUUCACUCCAUUAUGAAUAAAGUUUCACUUGUCUGAUUGAAAUUCCAAGAAAAAAAAAAAAAAAAACAGUGGAAAGUCAAAAACUGUAUGGUGAAAACCGGAUGGAACCGUACGCACAUACAGGUCUGUACCGUUCCCAUUUACUCCCAUGUUAAAAAAUAAAUGUACACGGUUUAAUACGGUUUUUCACCCAAAACCACGGUAGGCUACGGGUGCGGCGCGGCGCACGGGGGUGCAUUAUCGGCAAGUUAAUUGCCGAUACGAUAAUGUCCAAAAUCGUGAAUAUCGGCCGAUAAUAUCGGCCAAACCGAUAAUCGGUCGAUCCCUAAUCAAUACUUAAACAGGCACAGUCAUGGGUCAAAAUUGAAGAAGAAUCAUCAGCAAGGUCAGGGGAAAACAUGUUGUGGUCCAUUCGCCUUGCCCUCGAGUCUUUAAAGGGGUUCUCCACUGCCGCAGCGUCCGGAACAUUUUGUUCUGAACGCUGGGUGCAGUCAGCGAGGGUCGUGAUGUCAUGCACACGCCCCCUAGUGACGUCACACCACGCCUCCUCAAUGCAAGUCUAUGGGAGGGGGCGUGGCGGCUGCCACGUAACAUAACGGGUUCAUCAUUUCCCUGGGGUCCGGAGAUAGCCCUUCUAAACCAAACUGGAAGACGGAGAAACUUCCGAGUGUACUUCAAAUUAUAAAUGGUACACAUGUCAACUGUUUAAAGGGGUAUUCCAGGAAAAACUUUUUU